CCAUCUCGAGCCUUGUCGCAGAUCUACAGUUUUCUGCGAUGAUACGGCACUUCUGCACAACGUAUCUAUUUCCCACAUGAGGUGUAUGUCUGCUCUGUCGUUUACUGUCAACUGAAUUGCACACAAAACAAGAUGGCACACCAGCUCUGGGUCUUUGGCAGUAACGGCGAAGGUCAGCUGGGCGAGGGGAUUGCUGCUGCAGACAUCGUGGACAAGCCUACACGUCUGCCGAAUCAGUCAUUCUUCAAAGACAUCAAGUCUGUCAGAAGCGGCGACAACCACACUCUCUUUCUUCUUGAUGACGGCUCUGUCAUUGGCGUGGGCGACAACAGAGUGGCUCAGCUUAGCGCCACAUCUGAUGCACCAUCACAGAUCAAUGAAUUUAAGAAGCUGCAAAGCUCCAGCCAUCUAUGUACCGCGACAAGCACGACGUCCGCCUUCAUCUCAACCAACGGAGAACACUGUAGCUCCAUCUUCACCCAAGGACAGGGUCGAUGGGGCGAACUAGGUUGUGAAACUGUAGAGUCUACCAGUAUCGACACCUUGCCCAGGAUUGAGAUUUGUCUCAAUGGACAACCCAUCGACUUCGCCGCUGGUGUGUGGCACUGCGUCGUCGUCAUGGCGUCUGGCGAGGUGUACGGUUGGGGCAAAGCUCGGCUCGGACAGCUUGGAGUUCAAUCGCACGAAAAGGUCAAUGCGCCUACAUUGAUUGAGGGACUAUCAUUCAAACCUAUCCGAGUCGUUUGUGGCAAAGAUUUCACCUACCUCGUCGGCGACCCAAACACCGGCGAGCACAUAGUCUUGGGGAAAGAUAAGUUCAACAUCAUCUCCGGCAUGCCAGCCGACAUAAAAGGGUACGAAGAUAUAGGUGCAACAUGGCAUGCCAUCUUUGUUCUGUUCGACGAUGGGCGGUUAGCAGCAUGGGGCAAAGAAAAUCAGUGGAAGCUCUUGCCUCCGAACUUGCCGCUUGUCGAGAGGAUUGCAGUCGGGACCGACCAUAUUCUGGCUGUCACCAGGGAAGGCAAGCUUAUCUCCUGGGGCUGGGCUAAGCACGGCAACUGCGGUGAUUUUACAAAUCUGCGUCACGAAAUGAAACACGAUAUGAUCAGUGGUUUCUGGAAUGAGAUCGACAUACCUGGCAAGAUCACAAAGAUUGCAGCCGGCUACUGCACAAGCUUUGUCAUUGCCGAAGUCGAGAACGAAGAAGGUCAUUGAGAUAACAGGGUACGAACGCUUGAACAAUACAAAGAUACAAUACUAGAA